GUCUGUUCCUCUCUGGCAAAGUUGACUCAUAUACUGUAAGAGGACACCAGUCUGGACAAGAAAACGGUGCCCACAAAUACCUGCCAGCUAAAGAGAGACACAUGAAUGCGUAGCUAAAACGGUUUACAGCGUUAAAAUUAGUUAAAACGUAAGUAGCUGCGAAGAAAAAGUUAUAGUCAACAUGAAGUUUUGUCUGAGGAUUGUUUUACUUCUUUUUCUCGUUACUGGAACAUUAACAGAAGACGAAUUUAACCUGUUUGAUGCCCUUGAUGACCCAGCACCAACUUCUGCAAAACCGAAGGAGCAACCAAAGGCCCCAGAGAAGCCUAAAACUGGUGGUGGCUUUGGACUUGAUCUGGAGGAUGCUCUGAUUCCAGCAGAUGAGUCACCAACUGAGAAACCCAAGAAACCACAUUCUGGAAAUUCUGACGGUGGAAUGUUUGGUGACUCUGACUUAUCAGAUGUUAGUGGUGGUGACUACAAGCCUGAUGGAGGCCGCUCAGGAGGAGGUAAUGCGGUGGACCCUGGCUAUGAUCCUCAGGGUGGUGCUGAUCAACCUCAAGAUACAGAUCUUCUGUGGGGCCAAAUCCUGAAGAUGAUAAAUGCUAACAUGCCAGAGGAAUUCUAUAUGUGGAUGUCCAACUUAAAGCAAAAUUUAACACCUCUGUUAGACAGGGCCAUGGAUCUGCUGCAAGCUAUCCCAUGAGCCAUCGGUCCAUUUAUAUUCUGAUUGGCUCUUAGGUCUGAGGUUGCACUCAAUUAGUGGUUUACUAGUAGUUUACAAAUGUCUGAUGGACUCACUGUUGAAAAAAAUAUUGUAGGGUCUUUGAAAAGUCAGGAAUUAGAUAAGAAUCAUGCUUUCCUAGAUGAAGCCAAGAAUGUGAUCACUGGGAUAGUUUUUCUCUUGUACAUAACAUUUUGGAUUAAGUGGGCUAGUGUGCUCCUGUGGGUGGUUAAGCCUAACAUAUUUCAACUUGCGCUUUGGUGCUCCUCCACUAUUAGAGGGAGUGGACAAAAUAACAGAAACCCUUAACAAAUUUAGUAAUCAUAUAAACUUGACUAAAUGGUUAAUUAUUAGGAUUAGAUUGAUAAGGAUUCUUACAUGUGAUUACUUGGACUUUUUUAGAUAACUGAUAUGUCUACGGAGUCCGGCAGGCGUCAUGAAAAAGUAACUUUUGUGCACCUGGCAGUUGUCUUGAUGAAAGAAAAAAAUGGUUUGUGUGUGUGAACACCUUAUUAAUUACACCAGUAAUUACUUUCACCAAUUCAAGUACAGAAUUUGUGCGCACUUAUUAAAAAACAAAUCCUCAUGACACCUUCUGGGCUCCACAGUUUGCUGAUCCAUAGAAUACAAAAAAAAAAAAAGAGCUUUUCUCUUCCUUUUGUUGUGAUAUUGCAAAUACGAUGUUAAGCGUUUCCUGUAUAUUAUUGAAAGUAUAUGUCUUGGCUUGAUUCUUUUUUUGCUGACAAGACAUGAAGAGCUGUACAGUAUAUCUCUACAUGUGACACACAGACACUUCACACCGACUGUUUUAUAAAAGUGAUUUAUGAGAAAAAAGAUCUAUCACAAAUUGUAGAUACAGUUACUAGUCCAGGGCUCUUGUAUGCUUGUUCAUUGGCAGUAAAUAUGAAUCUUUGAUAAGUAAAAUGUCUCAAAAUCAACAGGAGAAGAAAUAAUCUAAUUUUGCAAAUCAGAGUCAGCUUGUUAAAAAUUUGAUGAAAGGGGGCCAUAGAAUAUAUUUUAUCUAACAUUAAUUAUUGCAGAAUAAAGCUCAGACAUCUGAUGCUUUUGUUUCAAGCUAAAUUAUGUUGCCCUUAGUAUGAGGCUGCAGACAAUCAAAGGCUUGGUGACCACUGAAUCACCAGCCCAGUAUACUAGGAAUUCACAUUCACAGCGAUCGAUUCCUAAAGUCACGAUUUACAUCCAAUGCCAAUGAUGAGUGCGAACACAGUGCCAAAUACAUGCUAGUAUUCUAUAACUAGCAUGGUAAAAAAUAAGGGUGUUGGUGUUAGCGUAUAGUGCAGUUGUUUGUUAAGCAGGAGACCUUAGUUCAUGUCCCAUUGUAAAUCAGCACUCAACAUUUGCUGCUUGCCUUUUUUUCUGUGAUGUUAAAGUACUGUUUUUCCCUAAACUUAACCAAGUAUUUCAGUUAUCUGCCCCUAACCAUACCUUAAACAUAGUUUAUUUGCCCUGCACAGAUAUUGUAAGAAGAAAUGAUUCCAUAAAGGUUGUCACAGCAUAUACACUGUACAGUGCAUCUGUAAAAUAUGGAGGCGUUAAUUAUUGGUGAACCAUUCCAAGUAUUCACAACAGGUCUGUUGUAUACUGUAGUGUUUCUGUUAUUUUGUCUAUCCCCUUCACCUCAGUGCAAGAAUGACAACUAAAGUUUGUAUGUGGGCAGAGACCUUGACCUGUUUUUGCUCAUCCAGAGCCCCUUAUCCUCCUUUCUCCUCUGUUUGUUACAUCAGCUAACAGUAGCUAGCUCAUGCGUAUAAAACAGCGUACAAGUUGCUGUCAAGGUUUGCAUAGAAACAAGUGUGUACAUACAAUUCUUUUUCUUCCACUCUCCACCCUGCUCUCCUCUUUAUGAAAAUUAAUGUUGCAGUGGAAUGUGAACUCCACCUAAUGUGUGGGGUUUAAUGCAGCCCACGCGUAUUUGGGUGGGGUAGUUUUCUGAAAAAAUAAUACAUUUUUGUUAGUGUUGAUUGUUUUGAUGGUGGUUGUUUUUCCAGUAUUUUAUUUACCAUUAAUAAUUUCAUAAGAUAGGAAUUGCCUGACGAUGAAUAGAGCACUUUGACUCAGUUACUGGAUAACAGCUAUGAUCUGUUCAGUUAAAUUGCAUGUGAAGGAGUUUUUGACUAUGUCACUUGGUCUUUGAGCUGUACUUCAGGCAUCAAAACAAAUAUAAUUUAAUAAUCUUGCUUUAUUCAAAGAAAAUAAUCUUAUGUCAACAUCUGUGGAAAGCAAAGUCUUUGUGAGUGUUUUAUGCUGUACUGACGUCAUGUCUGGACCUGUCAUGGCACCUGCCUGUGGACUGUCAGUACCAAACACCUUGGAUCUUCCACAAUCGGCAGCAGUCUGCACACAUUCUUAACAUAGCCCAAAUUCAGAGCACUCUGCUGGGACAUCCAACAUGUAAAGGUGUAAGCCUCCAAGGUGUUUCUUCCAAUCAUUUAGAAUCCUCUCAUUAUCUUUGGAUAAAUUUAACUUUUAGAUAUUUGAUGGUUUGAUGGUUUUUAUAUUUGGCACUUUGUAGCUUAUGAAUAGGUCUUUGUGUACUGUUUAGUAACUGGCAACAUAUUUAUUUUUGAUGGGUUCUUUGUAAUUAAAGUUUUUGAUGUUGCAAAAAUGGCAGUGUAAGAAAUUCAGGAAUAAAAAAACCUGUAGAAUGGUCAGAAUUUAGUGCGCAUUAUGUUGGAUUUAUGUUCCAUGCGAGGCAGGAGAACUUACUGAGCAAAGUGAGCAAAGUGGAAAACUAACUCAGGUCCCCAGACCCUGAUGGCUCCGAAGGCCUUGGGUUAUCUAUAAGACAGUAACUGAUUGCAAAUUUGUUAGGCAUUAAGCACCAAUAAAGUACAACAGAACCUAAAAUUGGUACGAGCCAAAGGUGGCUCCUCAUCUCUACACGAUCUUGUUGCCCUGUCUUGUUUUAAGGUGUUUUAAGGUGUUUAUACCUUUAAUAUUUCAGUUGAUAUAAUGCUUAUAUGAUACAUAAAACUCUUUGAAUUUGACUGAUAGAAUUUUUGUCAAAAAACACACCUCUUCUUCUCAAUCAUAAUGCUGAGUAUUGUCAGAUCUGAACACACAGAAAUCAUACACACACAGUACUGCUGGAGUCAGUGUGCCUCACUCUUUCCAUUGAUAACAUCAAUAAAUCUGCUUAAAAACUGUAGAAAUGGCACUCUGUAUAACUUCAAAUGUUGCCCAAGGUAUUGCCCACACCUUGCUCACUUAGAGUACAGUUAUUUUUUCCUCUUUGCAUCCUAUCACCUGCAUGAUGAGAACCUAAGUUCCAAAACUCAGAACAUGUGCAUCCCAAAUAAAUGUGAGAAAAAAAAUAAGUGACAAAAUUCAUGUUAUCAGCUUUUUUUUCCUUUGAAAAAUCUCUUGUACUGUACUUUCUUGUGCAAAUAUGUGGGCAAAAAGUCCAGAAGUGCAACUCUGGCAACCAUAAUAAUGUAUACUUAAGUAUAUAAUUUUACAUGUAAUGGUGCAUACAGUGGCAUGAAAAAGUGAGGCACCCCUGGUCAAAAUUUGUGUCUUUGGUUAAGUGUAAGUAUAAAAGAUAAACUGAUAUCCAAAAGGCAUGAAGUUAAAGAUGAAACAUUUCUAUUAUGUGUUAAGCAAUCUUAAUUUUGUAUUUCCAUCUUUUACAGUUUCAAAUAACAAAAAAGGAAAAGGACCCAAAACAAAAGUUUUGGCACCCGGCUUGGUCGGUACUUAGCAAUACGGGGUGUCGGCAAGUAUCGCUUGUAAAUGCUUUUUGGAGCCAGUUAAUUGUCUUUCAAUUCUUCUUUGGGGGAUUUUUGCCCAUUCUUCCUUGCAAAAGGCUUCUAGUUCUGUGAGAUUAUUGGGCUGUCUAAGAACCGCUCCUCUGAGGUCUAUCCAAAGAUUUUCAAUGAUAUUUAGGUUUGGGGACUGUGAGGGGCCAUGGCAGAGCUUUCAGUUUGGCCUUCUUGAGGUAGUCCAUUGAGGAUUUUGAGUUGUGUUGAGGAUUAUUGUCAUGGUGUAGAAGACGUCCUCUUUUCAUCUUAAGCAAUUCUUAAGAAUUUGCUGGUAUUUAGUUGAAUACAAAAAAAAUUGUUCCCUCUACCAGUGAAAUGUUCCCUGUGCCACUGGCUGCA